AUGCCGUCUUCGGUUCGUCUGCCAACACUGGCGCUGCGGCGACCCGCAAACGGAACUGCGUGGCUGGGUGGAAGACGACGGACACCGGCGGCACUGGAUGGAGCGAAAACGGCAACGUCUACGGGCGGCGCGUAUCCGGCGAGAGCUGUGGUGGCUGAUUGGAUGCGUAUCGGUGCCUUUUCUUUUGAUUCUUCUGUAGCCGUCCUGGCAGAGAGACUGAGUCUUCCGGGAAAGAUACGGAAAGGAGAAAGCAUUGAAAAGUUGUUGCGGUCUCAAGGUUGUUGCGUGCUAGACAAUGUUAAAUCAGGCGUCUGGAUAGCUGACCUACAGCUAGUAAGAUGCCCGGUUUGUGACCUCAAUACGUGCGACGGAACAAUGCAGACGCUAGAUGCAAGGCACAUAGAACUAUUCCUCUGUGAAGGCUACCGAAGUGGGAGCUGGGAUUACCAGCUUGUAGGAUCUCAUGAUAUAAAAAAACGAGCAGAUGGGGCUGCUGGCUCCAUUUUUGACAUCAAACACCUGGGGGAUUCAUCAACGUCGGCGGUGUUUGAUUACAAGUCUUGGAUUGGAAGAGCAAAUGACUGGCAACCCAAGGCCAUGAUCGCUUUUCAUGCCGUAGCUGUGAAUACUAAUUUACAAGAAAAUGAAGGUCUUCAUGUGAAAUACCAUGCUAUGAGGGAAGGGACGGACGGAGAAGUUGUUUCUAUUAGAAUCUCUCAACAGCUCCUGUGAUUCAUCUCCAACCUGUCUUUGAGAGGGGCAGGGAUUGGGUAGUUAUUUUCUAGCUUUUAAAAUGUCUUCUAGGCAUUAUUAUACAAGUCUACACUCAAGGA